AUCUUCCUCUGCCAUGGCAUUCUUCUUUGGCAAGUUUUCAUGGAUUGCAUUGACUCUUGGCAUCUUGGUGGGCUUCUUUACAACAUUUCUUGUUUUUCACACCAUCCUUCAGAGUUCGAGAACAAAGCCACCACUAGCCAUUCAGUCCUGGAGAUAUAUGGAGAAGCUACGGUCACUUGAUGAGUUUCCCCAUACUCACCUUUUAGAUAAAAGUGAAGUAAGUGAUGUACUUUCACAAAAGGUCAGAAUACUUUGCUGGAUUAUGACUGGACCAAAUAAUUUGGACACCAAAGCCAUUCAUGUGAAGUACUCUUGGACACGCCACUGCAAUGUUAUCCUAUUUAUGAGUUCGGUCACCAACAAUAGCUUCCCAACAGUGGGAUUGGACACCAAAGAAGGGAGAGAUCAACUGUACUGGAAGACCAUCAAAGCAUUCCAGUAUGUGCAUAAUAACUACCUGGAGAAAGCUGACUGGUUCCUAAAAGCAGACGAUGAUACCUAUGUUGUGGUGGAGAACUUACGUUGGAUGCUUUCAAAUUUUACAUCUGACCAGCCCAUCUACUUUGGGAAGCGAUUUAAACCAUUUGCCAAGCAGGGGUACAUGAGUGGUGGAGCUGGAUAUGUACUUAGUAAGGAGGCUCUGAAACGCUUUGUGGAAGGUUUCCAUAAUGGGACAUGCAAGCACACCACAUCCGUGGAGGACUUGGCACUGGGCCAAUGUAUGGAGAAAAUGGGUGUUAUAGCUGGAGACUCCAGGGACACUGUACAAAGAGAAACAUUCCACCCAUUUACACCUGAGUCACACCUUACAGAUCAAUAUGAUAAGAGAUUUUGGUAUUGGAGUUACAGCUUAUACCCUAUUGUGGAGGGUCCCCAGUGCUGCUCAGAUCUGGCUAUAUCAUUUCACUAUGUUGAUCCUCAACUUAUGCAUACUCUGGAGUACUUUGCCUACCACUUGAGAGCAUAUGGAUACCAGUAUCGCUACCAGCCCCCGCUGCCAGAGCCUGCAGACAAGCUGCCAAUACACAAGGAGGAGGGAAAUAUAGACAGAUUUCCAGUGCCUAUUGAGGAAAAUAAGCUGAAUGCUAUACAUUCAAAUGACACUGCCUCUUCCUCAUGA